AUGAAGAAGGCACCACAUGAGCAGCAUGGACGUUCAUGUACGGAGCAUUCGACACUUUUGUCCUCUACUAUGUCACCAAUGCGAUGGCAUCACAUUAUUGAGGAACGUCAUACGACAAUACGUCAGGAUAUUUGGACUGUAUUGCGCUUUCGUUCAUCGGUGCAGCACCGUUCUGGUCUACAAUAUGCAUCUUACAUACUGGAACUAAGUGUCCUGACGUUGAUUCUACUUAACGUGAUAGUAGCUAUUUCUGAGACAUCUGCAGUCGUGGAUGGUGAAGCUACCGGGUCUUUCUCCGGACCAAAUCCAGUCGUUAAUGAUUGGACUGAUAUCUUUUUACUCGUAUCAACUAUUAUCUUUUCGAUUGAGUACGUACUACGACUGUGGUCGUGUGUGGAAGAUGAACGAUACAAUAAAGGAGUGAUUAAAGGACGGCUAAAAUGGAUGAGUCGACCGCUGUCGUUAAUUGAUCUAAUGGCGUUGAUUCCUUUUUAUUUAGAAGUCAGUAUGGAGUAUAAUGCUCAUCAUAAUAGAGGAUUGACCUUGCGAAGUCUGCGACUCUUACGGAUUGUGUCGUUCUUACGUCUAGAACGAAUGUACAAUGCAAUGAAGAAUUUGCGGACGAUUUUUAUGCGCAAGAAGGAAGAGUUUUUAGUGUUGACGUACCUUACAGCCUUGAUGGUGCUUACAUCGUCGCUGCUGAUCUUCUUUCUCGAACAUUUGGCGCAGCCGAGUGUUUUUUCGAGCUUCAGUGUUUCUUUAUGGUGGUCAGUCGAGACAAUCACGUCACUUGGUUACGGUGAUAUCGUUCCCGUGACCAGUAUGGGCCGCUUGGUCGGAGCCUCGCUUGCAUUGUGGGGCAUCGUGUUGUUUGCAAUCCCUGGAGCCGUAUUAGGAAGCAGUUUUAUAGAGGUCAUGCUGGAAAAGCAGCGCGAAGAAGAGGCUGAACUGUAUAGCAUGGCUGUUAGUGUUGGCGACAGAUCACGUGAUGGCUCGCUGUUUGUGGGCAGCUUUAGCGACGACGAGCAGUCUCGUGAUUACGACCAUCCAGCGUUUGCAUGUACGACACCAACCUCAGCUGCACUCACGCCAGUCGUUCAAUCGGCGGAUAAUCCAUCGACACCACGCAUUCCGACCGGCUUGGCGCUGCACCAAAGAUUCGAGGCUAUCACGACAGGCCAGCAUCGUCUGGAGAUGCAAUUGAAGCAACAGCAAGAACAGCUGGAGCAAUUGACACGACUUGUUCAAGCUGCAUUGGGAAGCAUGCCACUUAUUCCAUCCCAUGCUAAUUGCCUGUCUGUCCCGUCACAUGUCACGGAAAAUCCACUCAAAGUGGUCAUUUUACAAGAUCCUCCCGACCAGACACAUUCCUCGCAGCCUUCCUCAGUGGUAACUCGCACUUCUCAGACGCGUGGAUUUGUCAAUAUGCUCGGCAGUGCUACGAAAAUGAUGGAAAAGGCAGCAGAUCAAGCCGCUGAACCCGUCGAACAUCGUGAUAUUGUUCUAGAUGGCUUUGCCAAGCGUCAAUUUGACGAUAAAACCUACUCGGGCACUCAUAUUGACUAUAAUAAGGAGGAAUUUGUCAAGAGAGUAAACGAGAUUUAUGAGGCAAACUCAAAGAAAAUGGUGGACGGCUAUGCACCAUUCUGCAAGCACCUAUUCAUCAAGAACUUUGCUGGUGCUCGUCUCAAUAUGGUGCCGAUUACACGGGCUAACUCAAGCAUGCUCAUGUCAGACUACGAGGCUCGUACGGAAUACGAACUGCCAGUAUUGACACGUUGGUUUCCAAGUCACAGUGUAACACCAAUGGUGGCCGAGUACCUUGACAUUAUCUUGUACAGCCGUGAACAGAUCAUUAAGGAAAACGAGGCUGUGGAAGUGCCGGCAGACCCGUUGCACACGAAUUCUCCGUGGGGAAUUGUGGCGAUUAAGGCGCAAAACGAAGACUACGAACUGCCCAUGAAGCCCAUUACCAUGAUGCGAAAUGCCAUUGGUAAGACGCAGGGCGGCUCUGGUGUGCCCAUCAACCGCGAUGAGUACAUGAAGGCGGUCGAGUAUUGGAAGAAUCAUGCUGUGAUCAAGAAAAUGUAG